CAUGCACAGUUUCAUAUGUGUGUUUUGGAAUUGAAGAGAUUUCACCCUAACUCCGCCGGGAUGGAUUUCAGGUGAUUCUCCAAAAUCUGUGCUAGCUCCCCCAAAUAUGCAAAGUCAUAAAUUUUUCACCCGUUCAGUAUUGUUGCGAUCUGCAAUGGAUGUGGUUAUUAUAUCAGAUCUCUUCCUCCUUGCCGCAGCUCCUUGUCCCAGACUGGCAUACUUUGAAGCUGAGAUUUCACUAAAUUAGAACAUCUGCUUGCAGGUAAGCAAAUAACUUUCAUGCACUUUGGGUUGACGCACUAACUUAGCACAUCUGCUUCGAGGAUUUCCCUAUUCCAGAUGUUCGAAGCUGUACAUCAGGUCCUUGGCGUCCCAUUUGGAUCGUACUUUGAGGCUGUUUGACAUCUUCUUGGCAGGGGAAUGAAGAUCUCAUUAUAGUUCAUGAUCCUCUAGAAUAUGGAAACUGUCGAUCAUCUCAAAUUGGGAGUAAAAAAGAGCUCUUUAUAGCAAAACAUUUAAAUUGUGUCAUGUUAUGUGCAUUCCUAUUACCAUUAGUAUUCUUACAAUAAUAAUGACGUGCGACUGAAAAUACAUGUGCGUAUCUGCAGAUACCAAAGUAUGGAAUAUUCGAGAAUGUGAACUCACUGAAGGAUCUAGCAAAAAUGCCACAUUGGACACCUGAGAGACCCUUGAGAGUAGCUACGGGUUUCACAUAUGCAUGGUGUACUGCAAUGUGACAUAUUCAUCUUCUUUUUCCCACAUGCAGAGUAUAUGUUAUUGUGGUCACAAUUAUUAUGUUUAAGUUUGAUGAUAUUUUUCCCUUAACAUCCUUCAUUUUUUUCAUAGAUGGGGCACUGAAGGCUACUCUAGCGAUGGGGAUAGUCGAUGCAAUUGUAGACCUUGUGAGCAGAGGAACAACUUUGGGAGAGAACAAUCUGAAAGAGAUUGCAGGUGGAGUCAUCUUGCAAAUUCAGAUGGCAUCGAAUAACACAUACAGUCAAUCCAUCAACCAGCGGUAUAUUCGCGAGAGCCAAAAACUCUCUGGGGAAAACUUUCUUAACUGGGAGAAGAACCUACGAAUCGUUGUUGACUGUGAGAGGAAACUUUACAUCCUCGAAACGGAUCCUCCCAAGACCCCUAAGGCAAAUGCUCAUGCGUUCGAACUCACUUCCUUCAAGAAGUAUGAGGACGACGCGCGAGAUGUUAAGUGUAUCAUUAUGGCAAGUAUGACCGCGGAGCUCCAAAGGCUCCACGCGGACAUGGAAGCGCGUCUUAUGAUACAAUGCUUAAGAGACCUAUUACAGGGUCACCCCAAAAACUCGGGUAUUUACGUUAUUGAAGUCAACAUGCCUGAUAUCACCUCUUGGGUGAUGGAUACCGGAUGUGGUUCUCACAUCUGUACUUCUAUGCAGAAUUUGCAUGAAGUUAGACAUUUGACUGAGGGAGAAGUCCAGCUUAAGGUCUAUGCACACUGGACAGCAGUCAAGAACAUCCUAAAGUAUCUUCGGAAUACUAACGAUGCAUUCCUGGUAUAUGGAGGUGAGGAAGAGCUGAAAGUGGUCGGUUACACUGAUGCAAGCUUCCAAACCGAUCGAGACGAUUACAAGUCACAAGCAGGGUAUGUGUUUUGCCUGAAUGGCGGAGCUUUUAGUUGGAAGAGUUCUAAACAGGACACAACCGCCGAUUCAAUUAAAGAGGCUGAGUACAUGGCUGCCGCUGAAGCAGCAAAGGAAGAUGCAUUAAUUUUACAAACAUCUCAUGCUAAUAUGGGGCCCAAGUUUAUGAAUGAAAAAGGACUAAAUCAUGUUACCUUUUCAACUCCAGAUGGAGCACUGAAGGCUACUCCAGCGAUGGGGAUAGUCGAUGCAAUUGUAGACCUUGUGAGCAGUGGAACAACUUUGGGAGAGAACAAUCUGAAAGAGAUUGCAGGUGGAGUCAUCUUGCAAAUUCAGGAAAUUACUAUCAAAGACGCAGUUUGAAGAACUCUGGUAGGAAGUUUUGAGAACAGAAUAAGGUGAUUCUGCAAAAUUUGCGCUAGCUCCCCCAAAUAUGCGAAGUCAUAAAUUUUUCUCCCGUUCAGUAUUGUUGCGAGCUGCAAUGGAUGUG